ACCUCUGCUUUUCUCUUUUAAAAAAUAUGAACAAUCAUUUUAAGACAUUUCAUAUCACAAAAGGAAACAAAGGAUAAAGUGAUCUUGACUAGAGUGACGAUUUACAACACCAUAAGACAUACUUGAAGAGCAUUGGAAGCCAUUGGAGGUCAACUCUUCAAGGGAAUUCUUAUGCAAACCUCUUAUUAAUAUUUGAUAUUGCAAUUUCAAUUAUGAGUAGUUAAUUCUCUCUGGAUUAGGUUGCGUUUUGAUGGACUUGUUUCAAUAUUGUUGGGCAAUAUAUUGAUUUAAGUUUGCAUGAAUUCUUUGAUCUAUAAUUCUAUUCAAUUAUUUCUUGUUCGGAAUGCUUUUUAUGUGAGAUACUCUUUUAAUCUGAUUUUGGGCACAUAGAUAAUACUGACCAUUAGUCUAUAUGUUGGACCUAGGACAAUUGUUAUACUUACGUUGGUUGAAUAGGAAUAGGAGACCCCGAGUAGUGGCUAGUGAAUUAACACUUUAUUGCAUUGUCUAAUCCUGCUUACGCUAGUGUACCAGGGAUAGGAAACUCCGAGUAGUGAUUAGUGAGAUAUAUCGUAAGGGAUUAGUUAUAUCAGUUUUUUUAAUUCUCCAUGGAAUUAUAGUGAUAAGAUUAUUCAUGUAAGACAUCAAACAUCAAUAAUAGAGAAAUAAGGGAUUGUAUCACAGUCUGGCUACUUUUGUCUUAUUGUCAGAACAACUUAUUUUCUUUUCGCAUUUGAAACUUGAACCCCCUUCCCCAAUUUAGUAUUUUCUACGUAUUGCAUAAUUUUGUCUUGUUAAAUGGAAGUCCUUGUGGAUUCGAUCUUUUUUAUUACUGCGACAUUAUCGGUACACUUGCCGAGAAGUCAUCAAGUUUUUGGCGUCGUUGCCGAGGACUGUUGAUAAUUUCAACAAGGAUGAGCUUAUGCAACAUUUAGUUUUUUUGCAAUUGUAAAUAUUUUAUUUUUGUUUCUUCUUAAUUUUAUUUUCUAUUUCUUUCUCUUUUAAGUUUUAAUUUUUUUAUUUUUUUUAUCUAGUUCAGUGUUAAUAAGGUAUUCUUCUUUUUGUUUUGUAUGCGAGUCAAGACAGUCAUGCAAGAUGACAUCUAUGCUACCUUGGCAAAGUUUGAAGCUUAUUCAAAGGAACUUGCAACAAAAACUCUAAUUCAACAAAAUGCUCGAAAUUAUUCAGAGCCAGAACCUUACAUUUAUACUAAUUAUUCAUUGAAAGAGGAUUCAUCAUAUCAACUUGAAGAGACCCUGAUUGAGUGCAUAAAGAUGACUCAACUCAAUUUCGAGAAACUCAAUAGACAUCAAGAGACUGUGCUAAGUAACAUGGAAACAUCCUUCGAGAAUUUAGAGAUACAACUUGGUCAAAUAUCCAUCCAAUUAGCAUUAAAACUGAGAUCUAGUGGGAAUUUCUAUGAAAAUAUAUUAGAUAGUCCUAGGGAUGCAGAAUUUGAAAGAGCAGUCAAACAAGAAUGUGAGGUAUUCGAUGAAGGAGGAGUAGAAGAAACCUUCACUCAGUUCAUAAAGAUUACUCAAAUCAAUUUCCGAAAAAUCAACAGGAAGAAAGAAACCUUGCAGAGGGACAUGGAAGCAUCCUUCGAGAACUUAGGAAAUGGGUCCAAAGAGAAGCAACUCUUCUCGAGCAUCAUCAUCAAUCAGACGAGGGUAGAGUGGACCAAAUAGAACCAAGACUUCAACAACACCAUGAAAGGCGUGCAACACUUUUCCACUCCAAUGACAUGUUAAUUUGGAGUUUUCUGAAUAUGUAUUAAUUUCUGCAAUUCUCUUUUACGUCCAACAAGUCAAUCUCCCAAGUAAAUCUAGAGUGUUAGCUACAAUACUUGGUUCUCCUUUGUACCAAUAAAUUUAUAUUAGUUUUUAAUAAACAAGUUUCUUGCUGUUGUU